AUCUUUUCUCGACAACGGUGGCGGCUCCUAGCGGAGACUUUCGAACCAAUAAAAGUAACGGGUUGUUGUCAUUCAUAAGGUAUCAACAUUGGACAACUAUCAGAAUGGCCGUUCGUGCCGUUCCUGUCAUUUUAAUUUUGAGUGAAACUUUAGAUAGUUGAUUAAUGAAAAGCCCAUGUAAGUUCGACACGAUCUCAUUUCAAUAAAAUAUGUCGAUACAUGUUACUGUGAACGGGAAUCCUGUAAAUAUACGCCGUGGGAGAAUGGUAUUGUCGGACUUAGAUCAAAUCAAAAAGAACGAGCGUGAUCGCCGACGGAGGUUACGACUGGAGCAGGUUCGUCAGCAAUCCAAGGAAAUAUCAAGUAGACUUUUGGAACGUGCCAAAAAAAUAGCAAGGGAAGAACUUGAGAAAUUGGAGAAAGAUGCAAAGUCAGAAUUUAGGCAAAUGCAAAAUAAAAAGAUCAUGGAGAUACAAGAGAAGUAUCAGGAAGACUUGGAAGAUAUUGGUCAAGCUCAUGCUUCUGCUGCUUUGCAACCAGAUGCAGAUGCGAUAUUAGAAGAAGAAGAAAGAAAAGCUAGAGCUGCGGCAUUAAAAAGGGGAAAAGAAGCUGCGCAACGUAUGAAAGAAAUUAAACAGAAGGAUAGUGCAGAAGUGACUCAACAUCAAGAAAGACUUCACAAGGUACGGGAAGGAGAAAAUAAGAGGGCUGCAAUGAUGAUAAAACAACCAAAGCCAGUAACGAUACCUGAGGAGGGUAGUAAUUCAAAGACAAGUUAUCCAACGGAAGGCUCCGGUGAAGAAAUCGUUCAUGAAAGAUUAACACCGAACGGGAAGAGUAACAAAGCUCUUCCUAAAAAAUCAUCUAAAAAAACAAAGAAACCUAAUGCUAAAGAACAUCAAAAGACUUUGUCGCCAAAGCCAGGUCCCUCAGGCUUACAAAACCAACCUUGUAGAAUGACCUCCAAGAAGAAAGCUGAUAGUGACUAUAUCGAACAUAUAGCUGAUGAUGCGAGCGAUGAGCAAUUACCACGAAGGACGGUGCCAGUUGUAAGCACUACACCAGCUAAAGCUGACAAAGUAGCAAGGUAUAAUCCAGAGGAUUACACGCAAGAUACAUCAGAUACAAGUAGCAUCAGUAGUAGUAGCUCUAGUUCAGUUAGUGACGACUCCUCAUACUUUUCCGAUGGCAGUGCGGAACAGGUUGCGUGUAAGAAAGCUACGAAAACGGCUGUUUUAACGGGCAGCAAAGUACAAUUAUACGAUCACGAUACACGUCAAAGAAAUGUCUACAACACGCCUCUUGGCAUCGUUGAAAGAAUCGAUAUUGGAAGCGAGCCAAGCGCGAUCGAAGCAGCACGAGCGAUGAAAGAUGUGGAGGAUGAGAAAACGCAUACAGCCGUAAGUCGCAAGUUAAGUGCUCAGCGUCGCGGUCAGGACGCGAUUUUACGAGAAAAGGUGCGGAGAGAUUAUCAAGCGCUUAUAAAGAACCUGGAGCAUCUCGCGCAAGAAGAACGCAAGCUGAAAGCCAGCCAGAUUCAUUCUAAAGCGGAGGAUACACACGCGCGAUUACGUCAGAGGAGCAAGUGCCAGGAAGAACAUCAGAGGAAGAUGAAUCGUGCGGCUAAAAAUGUUUUGUGCACAGCGGACGGUACACUGAGCCGAUAUUCUCACCUCGCCGAGCGACCGAUGACGUCACCAACGCCGCAGAAGAAAGACGGGGUGUGCAGUGACGUGCCUCAUUCAACGUGGCAAGAGCCACACCUCGAUGAAGAGGGAAUCACGGUGUGUCAGUCUAACCAAGGGGAGCAAGACAGCGAGGUGUCGCGCGAAGAACAGAUAUUAGACAUGUUGAAGAAAGUCGAGAGGCAAAAGAGAUUACUGCUGAAGGAAUUUGGCGCGAGCCUGCCGGACAACGUGUUCAAUGCCAGUAUAAAGCCGCUCUUUGAGGAGAGAACGCCGGUUCAAGCAACGGCGGCGCAGGUCGCCGAUACUGCCAAGCCUGCGUCACCUGAGGUUACAGUCAUCAACAUGUCUAAUUACAAUGAGUGCGCGAAGAAGGGUUGUAAGGUGAAGAAGAAGCCGGAGAGGAAGUCGCCUACGCGGAAGAUCGAGAUCGCCGUGCAGACCAGCCCGGCGGAAGAUAAGAGCGUACAGGUGGAAUUACCUCGAGAAAACGCCGAAGUCGCGCAUUCCAGUAGAGAUAUACCCACUCAGGUGUCUCAUCCGAUUGAGCCGCAAAUAACCGUCCUCACGCCGGAGACGGACGACAGUAGCAACGAUUCGACGAGCUCUGACGUUACCGGGAUGAUCAUCGAGAUCGACGAGAAGGAGGUGACGGUAACGCCUAAGAAGAGGAAAAGCAACAACCUGAAGGUACCGAAGCGACCGUCACCUCGGGUUUAUCAGAAAAUACGCUCGACAUCUGUCAGCUCUAAAGCUACGUCGCCCGUGAAGAGGUUCUCGAGGUCCCAUUCGAGUUCUCGCCUGACCAGUCCCCAGAAGAAGACGAGGUGCACCAUCGAUGCGCCGGAUACAGCGAGCAGAAGGGUCGAUAUACGCGUGAGCAAGUCGGCAUUCAACGACGAGACUGACCCGUCCCUGCAGGAGACGAGAGUGUCGAUAGACGCCAGUGCGGAAAGUUCGCAGACGAUUUCGGGCGUGAACGAUCAGGAUGGGUCUACGGGCAAGCCGUAUCGCGUACGGACGCAAAUGAAGAAGUGGAUCCGAAUAAAGGACACUUCGGACACUACGUCGACAUCGUUCGCGAGCCCGCCGCCGGUGAAGCCCCGAUCGAUGCUCGACACUUUGACCAACAUCACGCCGAUCCUAGAGAUACUAGAUUCCUCAGCAAACGAGGAAUUGAGGAGAUUGCGGCAAGACAUCAGCCCGGUCUCCACGCCGGAAACCCCUUCGCCGCGGACAAUGAGGAUGCCGUCCAACCGGAUUCCGCACCGUGACAAGAUCAGCAGGAUGCUCAUGUACAAUUCGAAUGAUUUCCUGAACAACGAUAUAUUGUCGUCGACCCGAAAGUUCCCGUUAACAGAUCCGUCGACGGACGUUGGCCCGCGGGAAGCCGCAGCGUCGGAAUGCCAGCCUGCCGCUUCGCAAGAAUCGUCGAGAGUCUGCACGUGCAAGAAUCCUCAUUGCAGAUUGUUGCACGUGAAACUCGACGAUAUUCACGACUACGCGCUGAAAAAUUGCCCCGAGAUGCUGCAGAAGUACGAGGAUCUGCAGAACUUGUGCGCGGAGAGAAUAGCGUCUCUAACCGAUCUCAUUGAAAGAGUGCGAAAUGAGCAAAAGGACAUGGACCUUACGUUAAUCAGCCCCAGUGAUGAGACGAGUUUGAUGCAGUUGCCUGUGUUCAGACCGGCGCGCAAUGAUGUGCAAGCGAUACGCAAACUGAUCGAGAGCAUAGAAGCAAUUCACUCGCAGCUUGCGAAAACUCUCUUCGAGUCGCAAAAAAUCAUUGGGAACGGAGACUCCGAUUACGAACUCGCGCCGGACGUCGAGGCUCAAGCGAUCACAAGUACUUCUCGAAGUAAAUCAAUAGAUACAGCUCCUGUACAGAAAUCCGAAGUAGCGAGAGACAAGGCUAAGCCAAAGGUUAUAAAUGACGAGAAAGUUAAUAUACAGCUUAAUCGAUUUAAAAUGCAGCAAAAACCUCAAGCAAUGCCCAACGCAAUAAGAACACCAGAACGUAAGUCUUGGCCUCCGUGUGCACUUUCUCUUCACGAAGAGGAAGUAAUAGAGAAAUUGUCGAAGGAAAUUCUGGAACAAAGUAAAAGUCUGGAUAAAGCGAGUUCCGCUUUCGUCAGUUUGAAAGGGAACGACGAAACUUCUGUACAAGAGAAAAUGCCGCCUCUUGAUAACAACGCUAACCUGAAAAACAAUAUUUUAUUAGAGCACAAAAAGGAAACUGGCACUGCGAACUCUGUGCAAGAGAUAACGAAGGCGAACGGUUUCAUUCCCAUAUUAACGAGUAUUCCCAAAGUAGCACGUACUCACGGAACUGUGACAUCAGUAAGCGCAAGGCCCAAACCUCCUGUUACACUGUUAAAUGCACCGCAUUGGCAAGAAUUGGAAUCGUCAGGGCAUGAAUUGUCAACGAUAGUGGAGUUCGACACAACGGAUACAGUUAAUAAAAGCAUCAAAAGUCCGACGAAACUUAAAAGUACGGCUGUGGGUACGAUGGAAGAUUCGCAGAAAAUUUUGUUGAAAAGGACGACAGGAGAUGCGGAGCCAUUCAGGUCCGCCAUUGGUGCGAAACCGUCGGUACAUGUGGCUCCUUUACCUGUUCAACAGAAUCAAAAUAUCGCCGAGAUAAUGGCGGAUCCGACGAGCGACAUGAAACAUUCCGCCGAGUUGAUUCCCCCGAUCCAAAGAUCACAGAAAACUACAACCGUCUGCGGCUCUCCGGGAAAAUCGAAAAAUGCGACUGAUCGCAUUGCGGCAACAAAAACUGAAGCUGAACGAGAUUGGACGGAUUACGCACUUGAGAAAUAUAAUAAACAGUUACAAUGUAACACAAUCAGCGAGGAGCCCGUUCCUCAAGCAAAAGACUUAUUUGGGCUCGGUUCUUCUAUAAGUACUGAUUUGAAUAAUCAGCACAAAAAUAGCCAGCAUAAAACAACAUCUACCAGCUUGAAUAGCUUCUCCGGAUUGUCCGGCAUUUCUGAGAUAACGAGUUCCCCGUCGUCAGAUCUACUGAAGUAUGCUUCAUCUCCGGAGGAGAUGGAAACUGCUCUAAAGAAGCUAGGCUUGAGCUGGGCUGUUACGACACUGAAGAAAACACGGGAAGCGAGCGCUCUUAGCUCAUCUUCAAAUUCGGACAUUACGCCGAUAAAUACGGCUAGAAGGAUGAUUUCUCCGACCAAGAAACAUCUUGAACCAAGUGGCCUCCCCGACAUUAGUGACGUGUCGUCGAUAUCGAUCAAAGAGGCCAACAAGAGCACGGAGCAAGCUGUGCUUUUGAAAGGGAGAACUUCCACACCUAAAUUUCAAAACUCAAAUUCCAACAGCGAAAGAUCCAGCACUACGAAUACGUCUGAAAGCCUUCAAGAGCGAAGCGAUAGCUUAACCGUACCUAAUGUGUCGCUUACGAAGACAAAAUCUGAUAAUAAGCAAUUGCAGAGUCCCUGACAUAAAGCGUUUUAUACAUAUAAUAUCAUUAAUUAUUUACUAGAAGUAUAUAUUUUGCAUUUUGGUGGAAUUUUAUGGGGAAUUAUAGUCGUAUGUAUGAGGUAGAAUAUUCUCUUCAUGGGACCAUUUCCGAAUAUGUUGAUACAUGAAUAACUUUUAUCUCGAACAGAAAGAAAGAUUAUAACGAAUAAUGCGCUUGCAAGUAAUUCAAAAUAAGGAAAUACAAUUAUUAUGGAGAUUUACGAGGAUUAUUAAUUGUAUAUUUAAUAAUUAAAAUUAUGGAUUUGCUCGUUUGGCUUGUUCAAGUUACAACGAAAACUGACGGAGCAGAUGCAGGAAUAAGAUGCAUAUGAAAAUCUACAUAUGCGGAGAGAAUUAAAGAUCUUAACGAUGAAAACUCUCGAAUGAAGUCGGAUGAGCAUAUUCACGAUUGAUCGAUAACGUAUGAUGUUUUAAAUAUCUCUUAAUUAACUAUAGAUUUCUAAACGACACGAAAAUUUUAAAGACGUCAAACGAUUGGAUAUCUUUCCACUGAAUGUAACGGGACUAAAUGUUGCAGCCAAUAUUGUUUCCUUAUAUCUUUCGAUUGUUCCAUAGAAAGCUCAACAACUUAUUUUUUAUCUUACAUAAUUUUGUGCAAAAUAUGUGUACAGAACUGAAAGAACUAUUAGCUCACUAUGUUAUAAUUGUAAACAGAUAAAAUUGAAAAUAGUAAAUUGUAUGAUUAUCGUGUUAAAAUUAACAGGACAGUUUAAUAGCUUGAAGCAUGAUACCGUUGAAAUGUUACUAAGAGAGCAUAAGAAAUUAAGACUGACAACAAUUCUAGAUAUGAAUGUUUUUAACAAGGGCAAUUUUAAAUGUGAAUAGGAAAUGUUUAUAGGAAUUUGUAAAAUAGAGGACCUAUGAGAUGAAUGUACUUAUAAGAAACAGAAGAUAUAUUCUAUAAAUAUAUGUCUUUGCCUCCUGACUUUAUAUUAAUAUUAAUAUUUUGUAUUUCGU